CGUAUCGGAGCAGACAGUAGACCAUCCUUGCUUUCAGCGACAGCUGAUUUAUAAUUUAUAAUACAAGAUUCAUAUAGAUUUACAGGAAACAUGUUGAUGUAUUUUAAUACGUAGGAUAUGGGGCCGCAACGUUCAAAAUACCGAUCAGCGACAAUUACACGAUUUUAAAAGAUGGCUCAUAUCAAUCAAGGCCGAGGAGGAGGAGAGCUGGUGGACCUCUUGACCAAGUUUCAUAACAUCUCGAAUAAACUGAAAAAACGUUUUCUGAGGAAGCCAAACGUCGCGGAGGCGUGUGACCAAUUUAGUGCUUUAGCUAACGAAUGCGAGCAGAGGGAAUUGUGGCAGUACGCAGGCUUGUGCUGGUUGGCAGCUGCUAGGUGUCAAGGCACAAAGAUGACUGGAGAGUGGAGGACCAUUUUCGUAACCGGAGGUGCUGGUUACAUCGGCAGCCACUGCAUCGUCGAGCUUCUCGAGUGCGGAUACGACGUGGUGGCUAUAGACAAUUUCGCAAACAGCGUAACGGAAACCGACGGCGAGUCCGCGGCGCUGAAAAGGGUCGAGCAAAACGGGAAGAAAGUCACGUUUUACAACUGCGAUCUGCUUGACAGAGAGAAGCUCGAGACCGUGUUCAACGAGCACAAGAUAGAUUGCGUGAUACACUUUGCCGCUAUUAAAGCAGUCGGUGAAUCGAUGCAGGUUCCGCUUCAUUAUUAUCGAAAUAACAUAAUAGGCGCCAUUAAUCUACUAGAGGUGAUGAAAGCGUCUGGUUGCUUUCAACUGGUGUUCAGUAGCUCCUGCACGGUAUACGGCGAGCCUACGGAAUUGCCGAUUACGGAAGAGCACGAAACCGGCAAUAUCACCAACGUGUACGGUCGAACCAAGUAUUUCAUCGAAGAGAUGCUCAAGGAUAUAUCUCGAGCGGAAAAGAGCUGGAACAUAAUAUCGUUAAGAUACUUCAACCCGGUAGGAGCUCAUUGUAGCGGAUUGAUCGGCGAGGAUCCCACGAAGCCAUUCACGAAUCUGAUGCCGUACAUCGCUCAAGUCGCUUUGAGACACAAGUCAGAACUGACAAUAUUCGGCGGCGAUUAUCCUACGAACGAUGGUACAGGUGUUCGCGAUUACGUUCACGUUAUGGAUCUAGCGACCGGUCACGUGGCGGCGUUAAACGCUCUGCAUAGACAGCAUCUGAGACUAAAAAUUUACAACUUGGGCACCGGCAACGGUGUAACCGUGUUGGAAUUGAUAAAAACAUUCGAGAAGGUCACCGGCACUACCGUGCCGUUCGUCAUAAAGGAGCGAAGAGAGGGUGACAUCGUGUCGAUGUACGCUAACACGGAUUUGGCGAAGAAGGAACUAGGAUGGACAGCGAAAUACAGUGUCGAACAAAUGUGUCAAGAUUUCUGGAGGUGGCAAACGAUGAAUCCACAUGGAUACCGCGCUUUAUUGAAGAACGGUCUCAACGAACAUCCGAAUAACGCGAUGUAACGUUGCGACGAGUCGUUGCGUACAACCGUCGAAGAUAAAUGCGAAUAAUUUAUAAUAAAGGAUCGAGACACGCGCUGUCUCUCGUAAGUUACGUAUAUAUCUAUAAUACUGUAAAUUUUCGCAGGGAGGCCUACCGACUUUUACUACGAAAUUACAUUUUACUAC